AGGAGGGACAUGUGCCAACGUCUGCUGAACCUGUUGGUCAACAUUCUAGGCAGACUAACUGGCUGGAUAUAAACCGCGUUGGGGUGCACACCCUUUCCUGGCUGGGUGCAUCGCCCGGUAGCCUGGCUGCCUCUCUCUCUGGGAGCUUUGGAAUCCCCUUUGGGUUUAGUGAUUGGUGCCUCUAACGAGCAGUAUGGAGGAGCGGCAAACCAAGGCCAGCGGGCUGAGCUGGGCAAGGAGAAUGGGGUCCCUGAUCCUGCACAUUGUGCUGAUGGGUGCCCAGCAGAGCGAGGCAAACGGAGUCUGCGGGAAGCCUCAGUUGAACCUGAACCGGCUUGUGAAGGGGCAGGACACGGUGCCGGGAGAGUUCCCCUGGCAGGCCAGCAUCCAGUGGAAAGGAGUUCACAUGUGCGGGGGGUCCCUGAUCAACAACGAAUGGGUGGUGACGGCCGCUCAUUGCUUCCACCAGGUCCGGAACCUGACCCAGUACCGGGUGGUGCUGGGGGCCCAUCAACUGCUGAAGCCAAGCCCCAACGCGUGCGCCUGCCCGGUCUGGCGCAUCAUUGUCAACCCCCACUACGCCGGGCAGACCACGAGCGGAGACAUCGCCCUGAUCCAGCUGGCCAGGCCGGUGAAGUUCACUGACUACAUCCUGCCCAUCUGCCUCCCAGAUGUCUCCGUCAACUUCCCCCCAGGCAAAGUCUGCUGGGUGACCGGCUGGGGCCACGUGCGCUCCUGGGUGGACCUGCCCUCCCCGCAGACCCUGCAGAAGCUGCAAGUCCCCAUCAUCGACUCCAAGACGUGCAGGAACCUGUACCUCACCAACAUGCACAACAGGCCACCGAACAGGAAUAUCCAGGAUGACAUGAUCUGUGCCGGUUACGCCGAGGGCAUGAGGGAUGCCUGCAAUGGUGACUCUGGUGGCCCUAUGGCGUGCAUUGUGGGUGAUGUCUGGGUGCUGGCCGGAAUUGUCAGCUGGGGCGAAGGCUGCGCCAUCAAAAACCGCCCUGGAGUGUACAGUCGCCUCACCUCCUACCAAAGCUGGAUCCGGGAAUAUAUCCCCAAUCUAGAGUUCGUCAAGGAGCCCAAAGGCCGGGAAUCCCGUGCUGCGGCAGGCAUCAAGGGGCAAAAGCACCCUGGCGCUGGCUGGCCCAGCCAGGCUGCCUCUGUCGUUACCAGCACCCUGCUGCUCUUGGCCUGCCUGCUGCAUCUGAUUUAAAACCAAGGCGGGUGAACAGAGAAAAAGAGAGAAUUCCCCCACUCUUCUGUCAAGCUACAAGGAAAAGGAAGAAGGAAUCUAUAUCUCUGGUCCAGUCUCCCCAGUGUUGGCUACCUAAAGGCCCUGGGUUUUAGCAUUUGGGAAAAUAUUUUAAACAUUUAAAAACUAAGGAAAUUCCCAGACAAAAAACUUUGUGAAACACUAUAAACGUGUGUACAUUCCUCUGCAACUACAGCAAGGGUGCCGUAGUCACGAGGGGGUCAACCAGUUGUUCUAGGUCUCUAUCUUCGUGUAUAUAUUUAGGACUAGGGAGUUUAAGAUGGAACAAAACAACUUUUGCUGAUCAUUUCAUAAAUACGUGGGGCCCGGCAAUCAGCAUCUGUUUUUGCAAGGCGGGUGAGAUAACUUCGGAGGUUUUGGCUGAGGGUGAAGCUAAUCAAAAAUGUUUUGAAUGUUGCUAAUUUGACAACAACAUGUCAACAUUUCAGAUUUUGACCAGGAAACGAUUGAUAAGUAUUAAUGCCAUCGGACAAGGCCCGGGGAAGACCUCAUCUGGACUCCUGUGCUCAGUUCUGGGCACCCGAGUUAAAGAAAGUGGGACUCAGAGUUGGAUAGGUGCAGAAAAGGUCUUCAAAGACGAUCAGGGGAUUGGGAAGCCGAUCUUCUUAGAAGAGACUCAGAGAGAUUAGCUUUUUUCACCUAAAAAAACAAAGCCUGAGAGGGGAACUGAGUUUGUAAAUGUAGAAAAUUUGAAAAUUGCAAAUGUUGAAAAUUUGAAAGUUGCAAAUUUAGAUGAGGAAAAUAAUAGGAAAAAUACUGACAUAAAUAAAUAAAAAAAUUUCAAUUC